AUGUCUACCCUCAACCGAUCAUUCGAAGAAGCCAUCCAGGUAACCCCACAAGGGUCAAAUAAAUACAGCGCCAACCUCCGCCCAGAAUGGUGCAUAGGAACCGUCCCCCACGGCGGCUACACCACAGCAGUAAUCUACACCCUAGCAAAAACCCACUUCACCCACGCUCACCCAACCCAAUACAAAACACCCGCUUCGCCUAUCUCCCUCCAACUCUCCUUCCUCCGCCGCACAGCAGCAGGACCCGCAACCUUCGAAGUGGAAGAUGUAAAGCUAGGCGCGCGCACAAGUACAAUCCACAUCAAACUACUCCAAGAAUCCGACAAGAAGCCCGGGAAAAUGGAAAUCAUGGUGGCAGGCUAUAUAACCGUCAGCCCGCCAGACGCCGAAGUCGGAAUUAGCGCUGCGACAGGCUGGAAGCCGUACCCCUUGCCGCCGGCUGGAUCGCGCGCUGACGGGUCCGUUGAUCUUUCUGUGUUGGGACGUACCGGGCGGGAUGGAAGCUGGACGAAGCUCAACCCGCCUUUCGCGGAAUUCCGUAAAGCGGCUGCGCAGAUUGAAUUGUUCGGGCCUGUUGAGAAGAGGGCGGGCAUGGGCAUUGAUCAGUGGGCUAGGUUCCGACCUGGGGGUGAUGUGAAUGGGCGCUGGACUGAUGCUGCUGUAGUGUAUCUUGUUGAUAUGUUUCCUAUGGCGCUUGAUGGGUUUGAUCAUAUGUCUGCUGAGGCUGUUGCAAGGGAGAAGGGGGGUCAGGUUGAGGAGAUGAAGGCUAAGUUUUGGUAUCCCACUGUUACGCUGAAUGUGGAUAUGAAGAAACAUCUUCCUGCUGGGGGUGUGGAGUGGCUUUAUAGUCGGGUUGUUACCAAGGUUGUUAGGGAUGGUAGGACGGACUUGGAGGUUACUGUUCUUGAUGCUGAUGGGGAGGUUGUUGCGUUGAGUACGCAGGUUGGGUUGGUUGUUAGUGCUAGUCGGAAUGUUGGGACGAGGAAGGUCCAGAAGUUGUAG